UCUAUGAUGACAUCCUUUAACCACUUUAACCUAACAAAUUUUCAAAAUUUCAAAUUUUAGGAAUGUGCUAACGUGAUGGAUAAAUUGAAAUAUUGAAAAUUCAAAGGCAAUUCCAAGGCAUAGUAAUAAAACUAUUAUUGAUAGAACUAUGUGUCAUUUAAAAUAAUUUAACUUAAUUGUGCAGUGAUUACUAUCACAUAUAUAUUAAUGACGAAUUUAUAAAUUAUAAGUAGACAAUAUCUUUGUAAUGUCUUCACAAUUGGGCAAAGUUGUAGGCCUACUGUUAAUUGAACGAUUUGGUCCGGUUGUAGAAAAAGUAGGAACAUCCUUAUAUCAAUAUGGAAGCAGUCCUUUACUUCAUAUUAAAAAAAGAACAGACCUACCACUUUCUAAGGUAAAAGAAUCUUUAACUAUACUAAUCAAGUACCAAUUAGUAACUUUUACAACAAAUCAAAAUGAAAAUAUAGCAAAUUAUUCUUUAAAAUCAGAGAGAGUACUUCUCAUGUUAAGAUACCCAAAAUACAUCAAUAUGAUUAAGAAAAAAUUUGGUGACACCAGUGAAAUGAUUAUAGAAGAAUUAUUACAAAGAAGUUACAUUACUGCCACAGAAGCUUUGCUAAAAGUUCAUGAGAGAUUAACAAAAAAUGGUGACAAUGUUGUUUCAUUUAGUCAGUUAAAAAACGAAUUUGUUAGUUUGGUUAAUGCCAAAUAUUUAAUAAGACUACCUGUAAAUGAAGAUACAGAUAAACCUGUCCCUAAAUUAGUGAGCAAUGAGAAAGAAAUGCACAUUUUACCUCCUAUAGAUUUAAAUCUCAUUCAGAAAUUUAAAUCUGCUGAAAAUGUCACUUUUCCGGAUAAUGACAUUUAUUGGCAAGUAAACUUUGACAGGUUUCAUCAAGAUAUGAGGGAUAAAAUAAUCGUUUCAGCUUUUACUAAAAAAUUUGAUGAAAAUGCAGGAGAACUGAUAAAAAUGCUAUUACAACAAAUGUAUAUUAGAACAGAGCCAUGGGUUGAUGUGUCUAAUCCUAUACCAAUCUUGGAAAUAAAAGAUUUGGCCAGAAAACAGAAGAGUUUGGGUCAACUUAAUACUUUUUUUGAUCAGUAUGUUAACAUAAUUGAACAAGAUCAUAGCAAUCUUAUUAGAAAAGCAGGGGAAGCAAGUGGAGGUUCUUUUCAAAUAUAUUUAAAAGAAGCUUAUACACAAUUUGCUUGGGAAAUUGUUGAACAGAGUGUUAUGGAAAAAUUUGAUACAAAAGCUGCAAGAAUUUUCCGAUUAGUCAAAUUAAAACAGUAUGUAGAACCAGAUAUGAUUCAAAGACUUGCUAUGAUUCCUGCUAAAGAAGCCAAAAGACUAACCUAUCAACUUUUAGAAGAGAACUUUCUACAAAUUCAAGAACUGAGAAAAGCUGCUGUUGGUGGUAGUGGACCAAUGAAAUCUUUUACUCUCUUUCAUAUUAAACUCGACUUGGUUGUGAGGAUGAUUUUAGAACUGUGCUAUAAAACUCUUUUCAAUGUUAUGACUCGAAGGAACCAUGAAAAAAUAACCAACAAAAGGAUUAUAGAUAAAAAACAGAGAGUUGAUACAAUUACUUUGGGAAUGAGAUCACAGGGAGCUGAAGAAGAUCAAUUGGCAGAGAUUGAAGAAAUGAUUACUCCACCAGAGAGAGAAAUUUUGGAGAGAAUUGAAAAAACUAUGAAAAAAUUAAAUACAGUUGAAUUAGAGAUUGAUGAUACCAUCUUUCUGUUACAAAUAUAUUUGCUUUGUCAUUAAUUCAUUGUUUCUUAGAAAAUUCAUUUUUUUAUAAUAAUCAAUAGAGCUUCCAUAGAAUUUAUAUAUUUGCUAAUGCUAUAAAUGACAAAAAGGUAUUUCAUUAUAAUGAAUUACUAAAAACUAGUUUUUGAAUUGCAGUUUAAACUAUGUUCACCAAGUGAAUCUGGUUUAAUUAAAGGUUUGACGUUUCCUAACAACAAAUUUGUAUUUUUGGUUCACAUCAAUUUUUAUAUUUCAAGUGAAAUUACUUACCUAUCCAACACACUGGAAAAAUAAUAACAUUCCAAAUACAUUGUAACAAAUUAUAGAAAAAUAAAAUAAAGAUGUAAAUUUUAA